AUGAUGACCACCAUCAUUCCAGAACCCACGCCGCCAGCCGUUGACCCUCAACGCCGAUUUUCCUGGCUGCCUCGUUCCGCUACUCCCUCCCUUCGCAGCCCCACAUUCCGCCGGCGAGCGGCAAGUCCGUUUGAUGACGACGAUUAUUCAUACUCUGAGAGUAAUCCGUUCGGAGAGGAUUUCAGGGAGCAGAAUGAACACGCUGAGAGGGACUGGGACCACGAGCACGAUCACGACCAUGGAGAAAAUCCUUUUGAGGACUGCGAGUACGAGUUGCCGCCAGCGGCAGCGAAGAGAGAGGGAACCUGGACGAAAUUCAAAAAGGCGAUGAGUCCAAAACGCGCGAUCAGCAAGUGGAAAUAUCGAAAGGUUAAGCACAACGGGUUCCAACCAGACGAUCCAGACCACGGAGAGCGUGGUGACCCUCAUGGGCAAGUUUCUUGA